GAGAGCCCUAACCCCCUCUCUCUCUCCCUUUUUCUCUAUCUCUGCUUCUGUGUGGGGGUGUGUGUGUGCGUGUGUGUAAGUGUGUAAGUGUAAGAGAGAGAAGGGUUAUGUGUGAGCUGUGUGAGCACAGGAGAGAGGGAUGAUAAAUCCUGUGGAAAGAGACGAACAUUUUCUAAGAGAAUGGCAAGAAAAUGAUGGAUUUAUCUCUCUGCUUUGGAUGUAAUGGAAAACCCGAAACAAGUACAUACGUCUUUUGGGUACAGAAAUAGCGACUGAGACCAUUUGAGGAUCAGGUCUUCAUUUCCUUCCACAAGGAAAAGGGAGCAAUCGAACGAGGCCAAGGACCAAAUGAUGGGGUUCCUAAGCAGAUGAAACUUCACAGCCAACAACUUAUUCCUCACGUGGAAGCCCAGCUGUAGAUAUCAACAAGGGGACUGCAAAGCGGAGCUGCAGCCAUGCUGUGUGGUCUCAGAAGAGACACCAAGAACAGCUGUGAUGAGGGACCAUACUCAAAGGGAAACAAGCAGUCCGGGGCAUCUGACCAAUCACAUUUCUCCCAAAGGCGCAGCCUUUCAGAAGAGUACCGAGGAGUGACCACAGUAGACCUGAUGAAAAGGGAAGGCAGCAACCUCGGCCUCACCAUCUCCGGAGGCUCCGAUAAGGACGGCAAACCCAGAGUGUCAAACCUACGGCCAGGUGGGCUGGCUGCCAGGAGUGACCAGCUGAAUGUAGGAGACCACAUUAAGUCAGUCAACGGCAUCAACCUGUCCAAGCUUCGUCAUGAUGAAAUUAUCAGCCUGCUGAAGAACAUCGGAGAGCGAGUUGUGCUGGAGGUGGAGUACGAGCUGCCUCCAUUUGUCCAGACUCCAUCAGGAGUCACAACCAAAACCACAGAAGUGUGUUUGCUCAAAGAGGGGAACAGUUUUGGGUUUGUCAUCAGAGGGGGCUACCAUGAAGACUGGCGCAGGUCUCGUCCUCUGGUGGUGACCCAUGUCAGACCAGGAGGUCCAGCUGACAGGGAGGGCACGUUAAAGGCUGGCGACAGAGUAUUGAGCAUAGACGGCAUGCCUUUAAACAGAGAGAAGCAUGCUGACGCGUUGACCAUGCUGAUGCAGAGCGGCCAGGAAGCUUUGUUCCUGAUUGAGUAUGACAUCUCUGUCAUGGAGGCUUUACAACAAGCCUCAGGUCCUCUACUGGUGGAAAUAGGGAAAGGUGCCUCCUCCAGCCUGGGCGUCAGCCUCACCACAUCCCUAUACAGGAACAAACAAGUCAUCAUUAUCGACAAGAUAAAGGCGGCCAGCGUGGCUGAAAGGUGUGGAGCGCUGAACGCAGGUGAUGUUCUGCUGACCAUAGAUGGAACCAGCACGGAACACUGCUCUCUAAUGGAGGCCUUGCAGCUUCUGGGCAACACCACUGAUAUUGUCAAACUGGAGAUUCUACCAUCCAGUCAGAGCAGACUCCCUGUCCGGCCACAAGACACAGUAAAAGUGCAGAAGAGCAGCCAUCAUCACUGGGACCAAAGCAGCAGCAACUUCUGCCUGCCCCCUCAUGCCAGCCACAGCAAGACAUGGAGCAGCCCAAGCCACCCACACAACCAGCAGGACCAUAGCAAAUCUCUGGUGAGUGGUGGCUUCUCCCCUUCCUCCACAGCCACAUCAGGCUUCAGCAGCCAGGGGAGCAACACGCUGCCCUGCCCCAUGGCGCCCACAGCACCCACCAGCCCUCGUGCUUCCACAGGAAAGAGGAGGAACAGGAAGAAGGACCACAAGAGCUCAUUGUCCCUCGCAUCCAGUUCUGUGGGCCCAGGGGGUCAAAUUUUUCACGUGGAAGCCAUUGAAGUCAUGCUGAGAGGGGAUCCGCUCACAGGUUUUGGGAUUCAGCUGCAGGGGGGUGUCUUUGCCACAGAAACCCUCUCUGCUCCACCCGUCAUCCGCUUUAUCGAGCCUGACAGCCCGGCUGAGAGGUCCGGAUUGCUGCAGGUAGGAGACAGACUCUUGUCCAUCAAUGGCAUCCCAACUGAAGAUGGCACUUUGGAGGAAGCCCACCAGCUGCUCAGAGACUCCGCUUUGACCAAUAAGGUCACAGUGGAGAUUGAGUUUGAUGUUGCUGAGUCUGUAGUUCCCAGCAGUGGUACCUUCUAUGUCAAACUACCCAAGCGAAGAGGAAUGGAACUGGGCAUCACCAUCAGUGCAAGUAAGAAGCCUAGCAAGCCACUCAUCAUCUCUGACAUCAGAAAAGGCAGCAUAGCACACAGGACAGGCACUUUGGAGCCUGGAGACAGGCUGUUGGCCAUCGACAGUGUGCGUCUUGAGAACUGCACCAUGGAGGAUGCCAUGCACGUCCUGGAGCAGGCAGAGGACAUGGUCAAGCUCAGAAUCCAGAAGGACGAGGACAACAUUGAUGAGCUGGAGAUGUCAGGAUCUAUCAUAUACACAGUGGAGCUGAAGAGAUAUAACGGACCACUGGGGAUCACAAUUUCUGGCACUGAGGAACCUUUUGACCCCAUCGUCAUUUCAGGUCUCACCAAGAAAGGCUUGGCAGAGAGGACUGGGGCCAUCCACAUAGGGGACCGUGUGCUGGCUAUCAAUGGGGUCAGUCUGAAAGGCAAAACGCUGAGCGAGGCCAUCCACCUCUUGCAGAUGGCCGGGGAGUCCGUCACCCUCAAGAUCAAGAAACAAGCCGACCGUAUGUUGGCCUCACCUCCUUUUCAUGAGUAUGAUGCCAGGCGGGUUCUGGACAGAGAAACUGGGUUUCUGAGUGACCUAGACGAUGAACUGAUGGACUCACAGAGACUCGGGAAACACUCGGAGAUCUAUUCUGCCACCGUUCCCAGUAUUGAUUCUGCGAUGAGCUCCUGGGAUGGCUCAGGAUGCGACGCUGGCUACAGUACCCAAGGAACAUAUCUUCACAAAGAUUUGUUGCUCAAUUCCAAUGAAUGGAGGAGAACAAAGUACAGGAGCCCAGUGGGGUCCAGCUCUGCAGGACUGAUGCAGCAAACGGGGCUCUAUGAUGUGAGACUAACAGAGGAUGACUGGGACAAGUUGCCUGGAUUCGUCAGCCCCCCUCAUUGCCAUGGCACCCUCAACCAAGAGGAUAGCUUUUGGUCCCAGGCUCUGCUGGACCUGGAGACCUGUGGCCAGUCAGAGAUCCUCAGGGAGCUUGAGGCAUCUAUGACAGGUAGCGCUCUUAGUCUGUACCUGGAGGAGACCAAGACCAAUGAAGACUUCAUGUUUCUAUCAGAACUAAGUCCCAUUAAAUGUGAGGAUAGUAACGUGACACCAAAGAAUAGGAGCAACCACAGCAUGUCCACUGGCUCUGAAGAUAUGACAUCUCGUGGUAGCAGGUGGUCUGAUUCGUCUUCCGCUACCCUGGCCCUGCAGAAGGUGACCGUCAGAAAGGACCCUGAGAGCCACGACUUUGGCUUCAGCGUAUCUGACGGUCUUCUAGAAAAAGGAGUUUUUGUCAACAUGAUCCGUCCCAAAGGCCCAGCUGACCAGGCGGGCCUCAAGCCUUACGAUCGCAUACUUCAGGUGAAUCAUGUGCGCACCAGAGACUUGGACUGCUGUCUCACUGUGCCCCUGAUUAUGGAAGCGGGGGCCAGCUUGGAUCUGGUCAUUAGCAGGAAUCCUGUGGAAACAGGCAACACCGGGGGGGUGCCCAGCGACCGCAACGACCCCUCCAUCUCGCUGCUCUGCUUCUCUGAGCGCCGCACCAAAAGCAUUGCCCUGUGAGCAAGAUAGACAAGCUGACAGCUCAACACGUACACGGUCAAGUCGGUCAGAUUGCACCUGCCAGACCUUCACAGCAUCCCCCAGACACAGCGACUCGCAACACUGGAAAACAUCUCUCACUUGCAACAUGGCCAGUGUUAAUCACCAUGUUCACAUGAUGCUUUUCGGGGGGGGCUCCGGUUUUCAGGCAGCCCCCCCUCCACUCCAUCUCCAAGGUUAUGUAAUGGAGGAGUUAUUGCUCCUGACUGGGCACAGCACACACACACACACACACUGCAUAGAUUAUUUCCUGCAUUGACUUGUCAUUAAAGGAACAUUAUCCCCACUAGCACACAAACAUCCAUUUUUUUUACAUGCACGCAAACACAUGCACAGGGUGUUCGCACAUUUACUUUUAGGAGUUAUUUUCUUGGAUGACUGCCCAUGUUUCCACCAUAGACAGUGAAGGAGCAGCGGCUCUAAAUAGAAUACUCACUGCCCCUGGCCAAGCGUCAUAAAAUGUUGGAUCUUAAAGCUUGUAUGUUAAUCUCAUGAAUGCUUGCAAAGACAUGUCCUGUGUCCUUUCUGGUGGACGUACUGGGAAGGGAUUACUAAUAUUGCACUCUUGAUUUUUUUUUUUCCCCCUUCCACUUCCUAUUCUGAGCACCACCACACACGUCACACAUUUGUGUAAGACAACGUCACUCUCACUUUUCUUUUUCUCUUUGCGGCUGUUUUGGUUGGGCAGUAAAGCGACGCCUUUUUAUCUUCACUGAAUGAUUCUCAUUUGUUCCUUUUUCACUGUGGCGUUUUGUUUUUUUGGACCAGUACCAGACCACAUGGUUGGUAUGGCCUUAGCAAGUGACUAAUUAACAGCAACCCUGCUGUCGUGUCUAGUUUACCUCUGUGGGGUCGUUGAGAGUGCCGCCCAGUCCCAAGUAUCUCCCCCUUCGAGUGUAAAUGGUUUUAUGUCCUGUUAUUGGCUGCUGUUGUGUAAUAGCCUUAAAGACUGAUACAUUUUUUGGCAUGCCUCUACUCAGUCAAUGUCUAACGAGGCCUAUUUUUUAAAGUUUUACAUAUGAAUCUAUGAGGCUGUGACUUUCUUUUUGAGUUUUUAUUUCCUUCACAUGCAUGUAUAGUUUGGUGUGAGCUGUUACACUCAAUGGGAGUGCUUUUGGAGUUUUAUUUACAUUUAGGUUUUAUUUCUUUACUUGGAUGUUAUUUUUAUAUAUUAAAUGUAAGAUGU